GACACCGAGGUAAGCCCAUAUCGCUAAUGCACCUCAGUACACUAAUCAGCGUAGGGUCGUCAUGCGGGCACUCAUCACCCGUUUUGUUCCCAGGGCUUCACUCCCACCGGCCAAGGUCGUCCCUCCACCGCUCACGAAAAAGCAGGAAAAGGCCAUGAAAGAACCGCUGGUCAAGAUAAUGCAGAGACGUCAGGAGGAGGCUGGCAAAUCAUGGCCAAUGAACUUGCGUAUCGAGCCCAUUCUAGCAAGGAGGGCGACGGGAAGCUUUCCAAAGGCUGUUAGGUCAAAGAUGAGGAAGCUCCUGACCGAGCGGUGACGGCUAAUUUCGAGGCAUACCCACUUUAGAGAAGGUAAGUUUACAUACUUCAUGGCCACUUGCACAUUUAAUUUUUGCUGUCUGCUUGAUUUGUUCUGCCUCUGGUAACUCCUUGUUAGAAUAGCU